CGGCAACUACAACCCACUUACGUGCUAUGGCCCACUUGAUAUUUUCGGAAGUUGAAUGAGAUUUAUUGGAUGAAAGAUAAGAGCCCGGAGUUGAGUUUCUUUCCACAUUUUAUUUUGUAAUUUAAAUUAGGUGUUUGCUGGCGUUGUGUAACUUAAUUUACAAGCAACUAUACAAAAUAAGUAUUAAAUCCAUUACAGUUCGUUGAAACUUCGAGUCGGACUGUAAAUUGUCAUUUAAUUUGUUUGCUAAGACACUGAGUAAAAUGUCCCGAGGUCAGGUCAAGUGCAUGUCUAUCGACCUCAAAUUGCUAGAAAAGGCAGAAUCGGAUAAACAUAUGGACGCCACUUCCAAUGGACUUUGCAAGACCACCAAGUCUGACAAAUGGAGUUCGUCAGAUAAAGAAAAAUGGCUGAAGGAAAUUCACGAGUCCGACGCAAAUUUGCGUGAGUUGAUGUUGCGAAACUUGGAGAGAGAAGGUUCAUUUCGUUGUUCUUCUCCUACCAAUUUUUUCUUCCAAGAGAAAACCAAUGACGAUUUGGACACGUUACCAGAUCGUGUUGAAGAAAAUAAAAACGAUGAUCCGGAUUUUUAUGGUUAUCAAAAUGAUCGGCAAAAUUCUACUGAUAGCACCAGUUUGGGUUGGAAUAAUAUCGAUAAUGUACACAACGAUUUUUGGGACGAGUUAUGGAAGCAUCGAAUUAUUAUUAAGAGUCAAGAAAAUGCGAACGUCAAUCAACCCGAAGAGUCAUAUGAAGAAUUCCUUGAGAAUAUUCGUUAUACUAGAAACUGUAGCGAAGAAACCGAAGUAAUUGACCAGAGUGCUUUGGAAAACGACAAAAUGUUGGUGGAUGAAGAUGAUGAUGAUGAUGACGAAAUCAUAUGGCUGACCUGACAACGACGAUCAGACCUUUCCACCGACCAGAAUUGCGCACAAUAAAAGUUUAUUAUCUUUAGAGUUUGGUUUUAUACAAUUUGAUAAUAAUCUAGCUUUUCAGGCUACCGAUUCAUCCAUUAUAUUAUUAUUUUCUCUGUCAUUGAAUAAUAAAUGAAAUUCAAAGUCAA